UAAACAGUCCAGACCUGGAUCCCAUCAUCACAGACUUCAAGUUGCAGUCACCAGACAACAAAGAUGAUCUGGAAUUAACUGAUCCACCAAAUGGGUGCUCACGGUCUGACCUGUCGCUGGCUCUGGAGGACUGCAUGGCUGCCUUGGAUCUAUUCCUCAGGAAUGACUUUGAGAAGGCACAGACACAGCUCAGAUCCAGAACCAAAGACAGCAUGUAUCAUGCCCUGACUUAUGCCACCAUCCUAGAGAUGCAGGCCAUGAUGACCUUUGACCCCCAUCACAUCUUGGCUGCAGGAAACACCAUGAAGGAGGCCCAGGCUAUCUGUCAACGGCACCGCAAGAAGUCAAGCUUCUCCAAAAACUUCUCAGAAGAGGAACUCCAUGCUGAAGUUUGCUAUGCUGAGUGUCUCCUCCAGAGGGCAGCGCUCACCUUCCUUCAGGAUGAAAAUAUGAUCAGUUUCAUUAAAGGGGGAAUCAAAGUGAGGAACAGCUACCAGACAUACAAAGAGCUUCACACAGUCCUCCAGUCCACUGGAUACACUCAUGGUGACAACCAUGGCCAUUUUGAGGGUGGUGUUAAAUUGGGAGUAGGAGCCUUUAAUCUAAUGAUCUCCAUGUUGCCUACGAGGACACUCAAGCUGCUGGAGUUUGUUGGUUUCUCGGGUAAUAAGGAGUUUGGUCUCCAGCAGCUUCAGGAGGGCUCUGCAGAAAGCACAUUCAGGUCCUUCUUAUGUAACAUGCUGCUGCUCUGUUAUCACACCUUCAUGAGCUUCAUACUAGGCACUGGGGAGGGAGACGUUGAAGAUGCAGAGAAACUGCUGCAGCCAUAUCUCAAGAAAUAUCCUAAGGGAUCCAUCUUCUUGUUCUUUGCUGGUCGAAUAGAGGAGAUCAAAGGCAACCUGGAUGGUGCCAUCAAGCGUUUUGAGGAGUGCUGUGAGGCUCAGCAGCAGUGGAAGCAAUUCCACCACAUGUGCUACUGGGAGCUAAUGUGGUGCUUUACGUACAAGAGGCACUGGAAGAUGGCCUACUUCUAUGCUGACCUGCUCAGCAAGGAGAACUCCUGGUCCAAGGCUACCUAUGCCUAUAUGAAAGCAGCCUACCUCAGCAUGCUGACUAAGGAUGAUUGCCUAACCUUCGGGGAGACUGCGCUUACUCUGUUCAGGCAGGUUCCAGGGCUCAAGCAGAAAAUAGCAGGCAAAUCUUUACCAACAGAGAAGUUUGCAAUCAGGAAAGCCCGCCGCUACCUGGCAGAAAACCCCAUUUGUCUUCCUGCUCCUCCACUGGAGAUGAUGUACAUCUGGAAUGGCUAUACAGUCAUUGGCAAACAUAAAGAUCUGACUGAAGGCAUGCUGAAAACACUGGAUGAGGCACAGGCUAACCUCGAGAGCAGCCAAAGGACUGAGUUUUCCAUAGACGAUCAGUGCCUGCUGAGCCUCCUGAAAGGACUGUGUCUCAAACACCUUGGGCACCAGGAGGAGGCCGAACACUACUUUACCCUUGUCCUCUGCAAUGAGUCCCAGAUCAAGUAUGACCACUACCUGGUUCCUAAUGCCCUGCUGGAGCAUGGUCUGUUGUGUCUGGAACAAGGCAGAAAUGAUGAAGCUAUCAAACUCCUAGAAACAGCAAAGCAAAAUUACAAAAACUACUCCAUGGAAUCACGGACACACUUCCGUAUCCAAGCUGCUCUGCACAAAGCCAAGGCCACCGGAGAGAAUGGGAUCCAUGUGCCCUCCAGCCCAUAACAGACAGAGGAGGGCACACUAGAGCUGAGACAGCCUCUUGUUUCCACAGCCCCACAAUGCACCACUCAGCUUAGCCCAGCCCCGCCUAUUUAGGCGUGUGAUUUGUUUUUUCAUCAGAAGGGUAGGGGGAAGAGGGAUGCUCAAUUUUGUUGUGUGUGCCGCCCUUACAGGCGACUACCGCUCUAUAUGGCCCUGAUGGGGUUAGACAGGUUUGCCAUGUCCUUGUCCAGAGAUAUAUUGGAUGAACUGCACUUCCUUGUGUUAUUUGAAAUAGAGACAAGUUGAGAAAUGUGCCUAUAUUUAUCAACCAUUGCUUCUAGCAGGCUUGUUUAUCCAGCACUGUGGCCACCCAUAUGGGGCGCACUUGGGUAGGAAACAAAUAGAAAUGUAAGUAAUAUAUAGAUGGCCUCCACUAAUAAAAAUGUGCCCAGUGCAGGGUAGUU